AUGCCCAUACUCUGCUCACCAACACCUGCCCCCUUAUCCCCAUCCUCCUCAGUUCAUACUCUCAGACCUGUUGAUAUCUCAGCUGUUUAUGUCUUGGGAACUCCUCUCUCUCACAGGGAUGAAGCAUCCAGAGUCGUCAGUAGAGUCGCUGAGUUUCUGUCCAUGUUUAACCCUGAAGUGAUCACUCGACAUGUGGAUCCGACCUCAGUGCAGCCCAGAAGCUUGUUGGAGGAAGCUGAGGAGCUGUCUCUCUCCCUUUCAAACCAGGUGACAGACUGGAAGCUAGUGCUGCUGUUUGUCCCGGCUGAUUCCCUGUGUGCCUGUUCACCACAUGUUGCUGCAGAUGUUAAAGCUGUUGUGCAGGAAGUAGAAGCAGCUCUGCAGUUGCUGCAGAAAAGGUUGCAUCACACUUUGGUUCACGUCGUGGUCUGGAGCUCAAAUCAUCAGCAGGACAACAGGUGUCAGUGUAUGAGAGAUGAAAGCAUAAACCAGCGAUUACGUAAAGCAACUCUUCUGAAAACGCUGCAGGACUCUCUAAGUCAUGUCUUGGAAAAUCCAAAGUGGCACAGUGAAAGGGCAGACUUCACUGCUGUGUUACAGUCUGAGCCUGUUAUCCUUCAACCCAUCUCUGAUUCUGAGAACACAUGGUCUGACCUAAACCAACUAGCUGUUCAGCUAUGGACAAACAUGCUUCAGCCAUCGACAGGUGAGGCAGAGGUCAUGGACACAGGUGUCAUUACUUUCCCUUGCCCUAACCAGGAACGACCAUUCCUGCGUACAAAGAAAAAUUCCCCCACUGAAAGAGAGGGCAGAGAUAACAGCAAAGCCUUUACACUAACAGAUCCUGUUAUGGGUACUGAGAUACCUUGCACAGAACACAGUCCAUCUCCCACUACACCCACUUCAGUUCAUGAACUGCGACCAGGAGAUGUCAAAGUGGUGGCAGCAUUAGGCGACUCUCUGACAGCGGCCAAUGGUGCAGGUGCAAAGACAGACAACAUUCUGUUAGUGAUUAAUGAGUACAGAGGACUGUCCUGGAGCAUUGGUGGUAAUGAAAACAUUACCACUGUGACCACUCUGCCAAACAUCCUGAGGGAGUUUAACCCCUCCCUGACCGGCUACUCGGAGGGGAUAGGUAACGAGGACUCUCCUAAAGCCUUCCUCAAUCAAGCUGUGGCAGGAGCCAAGAGUGGUGACAUGGUGCAACAGGUGCGCGUCCUUGUGGACAAAAUGAAAAACCAUUCGGGCAUUGACUUCCACAAUGACUGGAAAGUGAUCACCAUGUUUAUUGGUGGCAAUGACAUAUGUGACUUCUGCACAGACAGUAUUUAUUUCUCACCGAGGAAUGUGGUUGGUCGUAUCCGCCAAGCUCUGGACAUUCUCCAUCGUGAAGUGCCUCGUGCCAUUGUCAAUCUGAUAGAGCUGUUAAACAUUGUACCAUUGCGUGAUCUGCACAACGAUAAAACUCUGGGCUGUCCCACCUGGUUUGUGAGUUUAGUUUGCCCAUGCAUAAUUAAGCCUAAAGAGGGAUCCUCUGAACUCCAGAAGGUCAAAGACAUCAAUGCAGCCUAUCAGCUUGCUAUGAGAGAGCUGAUUGACUCUGGACGCUAUGACACACACGACAACUUCACCGUGGUGCUGCAGCCUUUCCUCAGGGAGGUUUUCCUUCCCAAGUUAGAGGAUGGCCGGCCUGAUCGCUCCUACUUUUCACCCGACUGUUUUCAUCUCAGCCAGAAAGCUCACACUGUCAUGGCUCAGGCUCUUUGGAACAACAUGUUAGAGCCAGUGGGCAACAAGACUUUUACACAUGACUUCUCAGCUGCCAUUGAUCUGAAGUGUCCAUCUGAGACCAACCCAUUUUUUAGGACUGCUGUCAACAGCAACUACACCUUUCCAGGCCCUCCCCCAACUCCUGCUCCUGCUACAAAUUGGGGCAGUGACUUUUCCUGCAUGAACACAGCUCCAUCCAACUCUGUGCCCACUUCAGCUCACAGGUUACGACCAGCAGACAUCAAAGUAGUGGCUGCUGUGGGAGACUCUCUAACGACCGGCUUUGGUGCAAAGGCAAAGUCGCUCCUGCAGCUAAGAACUGAGUACAGAGGGGUGUCGUGGAGCAUUGGAGGAGACAAAACUCUUGAGACUGUCACAACAUUACCCAAUAUCCUUAAGAAGUUCAAUCCUAAAAUCAAAGGGGUGUCAAAGGGACAAGGGACAAGGCAGACUGGCUUCAACAUGGCUGUAACAGGAGCUAAAAUAGCAGGAAUCCCAGGACAGGUCCGACACCUGAUUGAUACCAUGAAGAGUGACUCUACGGUGGAUUUUGAGAACGACUGGAAGCUGGUGACCCUCUUCAUUGGAGGCAAUGACCUGUGUCAGUACUGCAACGAUCGGGUCUCUUUGUCACCUCAGAACUACAGCCAUCAUUUGAUGACAAGCUUGGAUAUGCUUUACGAAGAGGUUCCAAAGACAAUUGUCAACGUCGUGGAGAUCCUAGAAAUUAAAGGCCUUCGCAGGAUCAAAAGGGAUAGUCUCGGGUGCAAUGUGCUACAAAAGUUUGUCUGCCCGUGCUUCUUGUUACCAGGAGAGGAUUCCCCAGAGCUGUCUGAAAUAAAACGGAUCAAUCGAGAACUACAGACUGUGACAGAAAAAUUGGUGGAUGGAAGCCGCUAUGAUGAGAGAGAGGACUUUGCUGUGGUCGUGCAGCCUUAUUUUAGGAACACCAUUGUUCCUUUGAAUGCUGAGGGCAGACCGGACCACUCCUACUUCUCUGAGGACUGCUUCCACUUCAGUGAACGGGGACACGCUGACAUGGCUGCAGCUCUGUGGAAUAACAUGUUGGAGCCAGUGGGUAAAAAGCAGACAUACAACAACUUCACAAAUACCAGAAAUAACAUCAAGUGCCCGACUGAGGAGCAUCCGUACAUCUUCACAAAGGUGAACAGCUUGGCCAGUUCGACCAUCACCACCACCACCUCAGCACCAGCAACCCCCAGCACAGCCGUGCCUUUCACCCCCGACUGCACAGACAAUGUUCCAGUGUGGCUCGCUGCUGUACUGGCCGUUAUAGGUCUUCUGAUUGGCUGGGCUGUCACCUGGCUCCUCCUCUCCUGCAGAGCAAAGAGAAGCAAGCAGAGGAUGGAGGCUGCAGUAAAGAUGACGGGCACUGGGUUUUAA